ACAUUAUACAGCAAAUCAAAUCAGCCUGUUUCCCUUCCAACUGUAGGUUCGCUGUCACUCUACCCGAUCCUUCUUAAAUUUCUUCACCCUCGCUCACGCACUCCACACCAAAUCGCAACUUCCCAACCGCCGCCGGCCGCUGAACUCAGAUUCCAAGUUCCAAUGGACGCGCCGGAAGACUUACCUAACAACUUUCCAACAAUAUUUUGAUUUGACGAUCAAACUCCGAUCCAAUCAACGAUGUCUCAACACCAUUACCGAUCGCCGUUCGGAGACACGACGCUUACCAAGGUCUUCGUCGGAGGUCUCGCCUGGGAAACUCCGACCGCCGUCAUGCGCGGUUAUUUCGAGCAGUUUGGAGAGAUUCUAGAAGCAGUCAUCAUCAACGAUAAGGAUACAGAGAAAUCCAAAGGAUACGGAUUCGUAACGUUUGGCGAUCCUGAAUCCGCUCGGAGAGCUUGCGCCGAUCCGAAUCCGGUGAUCGACGGUAGAAGAGCCAAUUGUAACAUUGCUUCGUUGGGAAGAAGACGACGUCGUUUGUCUUCACCUAGAGGAAGAAAUCACGCCGGAAGCUUACAUCAAGGAGGCCUAACGGUGGCGCCGCCGCAGGCUGGAUCACCGUCUUCAUACUCGUAUCCGGUGCUAUCUCCACCUCCGGCAUCGCCGGCGGUUAUUUAUCCACAGUACGGGUACUCAGCAUACCCAUCUGAUUACACUUACCAUCAGGCAAUAUAUUAUAAUCAGGUGUAUGGCGGUUCACCUGCACCAUCAUCUUCAUCAUCACCAUCAUCAUCCAUGGCAACUCCAUAUCUCCAUGGCUAUUCCACACCUCCGGCGCAGCAUAUCCAAGGAACUCCUUAUCUUUACUAUCCUGCGCAGAUGGGGUCUUCCUCCUUAACCUACGCCCCUCACCCUAAUUUCAUAUUACAACCAAUGAGGAUUCCUCCAUUCACUUCACCCUCAACAGUUGGUUUUGCAGGUGAAACAUUGAUAGAAACAGAGGCUGGACCUGGUACAACUUCAUCGACAAAUUCUUCUACUAAUUGAGACAGACUAGACACGAUUUAUUCAUGCAAAUUAUAUAUAUAUAUAUGUAAAAUAAUUAGUAGAUAUUUAUUUGCAUUUGUUCUGUCCAAAAACUUGUACCUUAUUUAACCAUUCUUUUGUCUUCUCUUAAAUAUUGGAGGCUUAUUUUUUAAUAAGUAUUAUAUUCAA